CAUAGUUGCGCGGGGCUCGCCGCCGAGUUCCAUUUUAGUUGGUAGAAGGGUGUGCACCACUGAAAGUUCUUGUUUUACCCACGUACGAGUGGUCCAUCGUCUACCCCAUUCCCAAUGUACCCCGCGCACCGACAACAUUGUGUUCUGUCAACGCUGGUGAUGUUUUUUUACAUGUGCUACAAGUAAACAAUUUGUGAGACGUCAGGCAAGGCUUGCUAGUUGGUUACAAGGACAAUUUAUUGCUGCAAUAGAAAAAUACUGGACAACCCUAAUUGCCAAUGUCAAGCCAACCUUACCGAUUUCUGCCACAAAUACCAUACUUCAAACCUGGUAUAGCAUCUCCUGCUCCAGUAAUGUCUUCCCAACGUUUUUGUCUUCGAUGGAACAACCAUCAAUCCAAUUUACUUUCAGUAUUUGAUCAAUUACUACAUGAUGAGAGUUUUGUAGACGUAACUCUUGCUGUUGAAGGACAGUUGCUCAAAGCCCAUAAAAUGGUAUUAUCAGCAUGCAGUCCAUACUUUCAAGCACUGUUUAUGAAUCAUCCUGACAAACAUCCUAUUGUGAUAUUAAAAGAUGUCCCUUAUAAUGAUAUGAAGUGUUUGCUUGACUUCAUGUAUAGGGGUGAAGUUAGUGUUGACCAAGAUAGACUUACAGCAUUUUUAAGAGUGGCAGAAAGUCUUAAAAUAAAAGGGUUAACCGAAGUAAAUGAAGAAAAAUGUGAUAGUAUAGCUUCCUCUCUCACCCAACAAAAUUUACACAAUUUGCCAAAUUUACAAAGAUUGCAACAAACCAAAAGGUUUGGAAAUAGUUUAAAUAUGUUAAGCAAUGCGUUACUACAACCUAAAAGGAAAAGAGGCAGGCCUCGGAAACUUUCUGGAUGUUCAAAUGGACCAGAUGAUUAUGACAAGGACAUUGUUCAAGGUAGCCCGGAGAUGUUAGAAGUUAAGAUGGGAAUGGAUAAUUUCACAGGGAAUAAUUCUGACACGAGUGUGAAAAAUGAAGUUGAAGCAGACGAUGACAAGUUAAAAGACGAAGCAGAUCCAGUGCCUGGAUCAUCAAAUGACCAGACACCAAAGUAUAACCAUCACGAUCACGACGACUUUCAUCCUUCAGAAUUGCUGUCCCAAAAAUUACUGAUACCGAAAACAGAGUUGGCAGAUAACGCAGAAAGUUCAAAUUCAGAACAAUCAAAUCAGCGCCCAGCAACUCCUGCGUCCUCUCGUAUUAGCACUCCAGACAAUAUUAUAAAUAAUAACAAUAUCAUGACACCUUCAACUAGUGCAGUAACACCGAUACCAAAUAUGUCGAAUCUACCGCAGAAUUUCCAAAACGCCAUGUCAGCACCUUCAGGUAGGCAACCGACAAAACGCAGAGUCAGGCGUAGAGCGACAUCUCAGAGUCAAGAUCCCGCAGAAGCUCUCACGGAAAUGUCAGUAAGAGGAUUGAAUUUGUUCAGAUACGCCUCCAUAAACGAAGGAGUGUAUCAGUGCACCGAGUGUGCAAAAGUCGAUGUUCAAAAAACGUUUAAGAAUAAGUACAGUUUUCAACGACAUGCUUUCUUAUAUCACGAAGGACACCAAAGAAAAGUGUUUCCAUGUCCCGUUUGCCAGAAAGAAUUCUCGAGGCCUGAUAAAAUGAAGAACCACAUGAAAACAGUCCACGACUGCUUCAUGCCCAAAGAUGUAGUUUUUCCCCCCAUGGGAUUUUUUCCCGCCUUGUAAGCAAAUAACAGAGGAAUUGAUUUCGUACUUGGUGCUUCUUUGAAAAAUUGAGCAAUUUUAUUUAAUCAGACAAAGUACAAUUUUUAAAACAUGUGAUUAACCUCUUAUGGUUAAAAAUAACCUGAAAGGUUCUUUUAAUUUUUAUUUUUCCAACUGCUAAGCAGUGACUAAUCCAAAAUAAUUUUCAACAAUAACGUACUAGUUUGUUACAAGAUUUUUAGUUUUUUUUUCAGGUUGGAUAGUUUUAGGGGUUUUGCAAAUACUUUUAGAAUAAUCUUUAAUUUAGUAAAACUUGUUUAUAACAAACUUUUUUUAAGUAACAAUUGUAGAGAUGUUUAUAUAGAGAAUAAUUUUAAACUAUUGACUGCACAAAGUAGACAAUAUAAUAUUAUAUUUUAUAUAUAGAUAUAUAAAAUGGCCGCAGGCACACACAAAUAUAUUAUAAAUGUAUAUUGUACCAGUCCUAACAACUUUCGGUUCGGACGGUAUUCGAAAUAUUAAAAAAUGGGUGAAUUGUUAAAAACGAAAGAACAUAAGAACAAAUAAUAUUAAAAAGUUAUGUGAAAAAUGUAGACAAUUUAUAUUAAGUAAAUUAUAUAUGAUUGCCGACAUCCGUCGCGGAGAUGGCAUUUGAAGAAGAAUAUAUUAACACGAGAUAACAUUAUUUUUGCUGGAAUAAUGGUUACGUCGUCUACUUCUUCAAGUGCUAUAUCCGUUAGUUAAUGGAGAUUUCCAUCUUUUGCGGUUUUUAGUAUUGAAUGUGGAUCCGUACAUGUUCAAUCUGUUACACUUUGUUAGCCACAAUUUCUUUUCUUUUUUCCCUCAAUAGUUCUUCCGUUGUGCGACUGUGGAAGUUUUAAUCCUUCCACCUUUAUGGUGGAGGUUGUGAGGACUUUUUUCAUUAAUUGAAAGGAGAUGUUGCAUUCUAUAUUCGAGCUCAUUUCAACAUCAAUGUCAAGAUUGUGUGUUAUCCAGAAGGCAAGGAAUUGAAACUUGGAUAUGAACUGUGAUUUUUAUGUAUAGGAUUAUUGUGAGCGAGGACCAUGAAUUGUAUGCAUGUUUUUAUUUUUGGUCCAUUUCUGUGGCCUCCUCUUAUAGCAUUCAUUAUUUCUUGCAAGUCUAUACUUUCAGCUAUAAUAACUGUGUCAUAUGUGCACUUUAAGUUGCACAUACAAGCUGCUCUGCUAGCAUUGUUAAAUUGGUGAAUGAAAGAGUCCCAGAUUUAGCUGAUUUUUGAUUUUAAUGUCAGAAUUGUAUCAUAUGAGUACAUACUAUUGGACUAUUCCUCACCCCUUAUGUUAUAUGUUUCAAGAAUCUUAAAGCUCAGUUUAUUUAUUGUUCUCCCCACAACACUACAUCAUGCUGGAAGGCUACAUUUUUUUUUGUUUUCGUUGUGUGUUGUGUGAAAUAGUUGUUAAAAUACCAACCUUUGUUUUCUAUUUUUGGACUUAGCCUUCCCUUCUAAAGUUGUUUAGACAAUUUUUUUCAUGCUGGUCAGAUAGUUGGAAAAAUUAUUGGGAAAUACAGUUUCAUAAUUUUCAAAGUUAGUAUAUAACUAAAAUAGUGCUAUUAGGACUAUAUUUUCCUGCCAGAGCUUAUCAUUGUUGCUAACAUAUUUUCUAACCAUGUCAUAUAUUAGGAUCUAUUUACAGUAACUUGAUUUUAGAUUUUAAGUAAAUCAUUUUUUGAAAAUUUCUACUGAAGCUUUUUUGUUUUGCAUUUCGUACAUCGUCCGAAUAUUGUUUUUAGGGCUAAUAGUUGAUUUUAUCAAAUAUUUAGUUUAGGUGUUGGGACAAUGAGAAACAAUAAUAGUUUUAAAAUCUAUUUUACUUCGCCAUUGUGAAUCUUAUAUUUAUUCUAAUGCUGUAAGCUUAUCUUAAUAAGUUUUUUCUUAGCAAUUUGACAUAUCCCUAACUUUAUAGACUUAUACAUUUUACUGAAACAAUGCUGGUACUUACAUUUUUUGUAAAUACUCGAAUACAUAGAAACUUCCAUAAUAAAGACAAGUACAUAGACAGUAUAUUACUUCACAAAUGAAACAACCGUAUUAACUAAGUAUCUUUAAAAAGGGAACUGAAUAUUUGGUCGUUAAACGAAUCACUUUUUUCACUUAACGGUAUUAUUGUGACUUAGGCACGACUUGGUAUAUAUUCUAAAGUAAUUUUGUAAAAUUUACAAAUGCUAAUAAAUACCAAUAUACGAACAUUUUUGUAUGAACUUCUUGAUCUCUCUAAUUGGUACAAUUUAAUUGGGUUUUAUUUUAAAUAUUUUCUGUUUGUCUACAAUUUUUAAUUCUCCUAGGGCCAACACAUACAUGCGUUACAUGCAAAUGUAACGAAACUGCAACCCUCAGUAAUUUUUGAGUUUCAUUUGAGUUUACGCCAUAGACGCCUAUGAGAAACCACACAUGAUGAAACCAUUUUGACCGUUUCAAACCGACGGUUUCAAAACGCACACAGAUCAGUUUCACUUAAACCGGCGCGCGGCGUGCAAUAAACUCUCGUUUGCGUUUCAUCGGAUUUCACGUCUUUGUGGGUACAACAAAAUGGAAUAUCAACAGGAAGCAUAUCAAAUCCUACAGAAUACCCUUCUGUGAACCAAGACAUGAAUUUUGGGAACUUAAAUUUGAAUUAAAUUUAUUUUAUUUUUAAAUAAAUAAAAUAUUUAUUAAUUUAUAAUUAUAAUAUACAAUUCUAAAUAUUUUUAUUUAAUAAUUAGUAUUAUUAAAAUACUAAGUGUCAUUAUUAAACGUUCUUGAGAACUCGAACAAUCCCUCGUACUUAGUAUUGUGUCUCUGCCAUUAUUCAACAAGUUCAAGGUAUGUAGUUUUGCUCGUACGAUAACAAUCCAUGAAGAAUUCUCUAUCAAUUUCUUAUAAUUCUUUGGUAACCACAGACAUACAAUGAUAUUCUUCUCAAUGUACAAAGAGAUGUAUCCACAUAGUUCUUCUUUUACGCCUUUUUCUUUGUCGAAUAUAUAAUUACAUAACCACCACUUCUUCAUCACAUAAACAAGACAUUUUAGAGACUUCUGUUUUCACAGAAAACUGAAAUGUUUGCGAAGUUUGAGGUAGCAGCGUGUGUUGUAAAUGAUUGAAACAAGUUUCAAACUAAUAAUUUCAAAGGGUUUCGUUGCAGUUUCGUUUCACCGUAUGUGCUGGCCCUUAGUGCCAAGUGAUCUGAAUAAAUAUUUCUAAUUCAAUAACAUACCUGAAAUGUUCUGAAACUGUUUUCUUGUGGCAUAUUCAAGAAAUCAUAUUUUUAUAUGGGACUAAGCCACAGUUGAAAGGUACAUUUUAAAGGUAUUAUUUGAAAUCCAUAAGGAAAAAUUUCCUGUAGCGGGCUGUAUACCAUUAAUUACAAAAAUUGAAGAAAAAGAUCUUUAAAGGGCCACAUUAAAAACAGAACGUUUUCGCUCUAAAAAGAGCAUCAUCAGUGUUCUAAGCAAGCUCUACAUGCUAAGCCACCAAAAAUACAUGGGUUAAAACCCCUAAAAUGCCGACUAAAAGCCUUACAUUGGCGUGUUAUAUAUUAAACCCUGGCGAUGGGUGAAAUUUAAGAAAGAUAUACCUCAAAGCAUCAUAUGACUAUACCACGAGCAUUUGGAAGUUGGCUUUCACCUUUCUCUUUGUGAAGACAGGGAAAUCAACUCAACCACCCACAUGCUCGUGGUAUAGUCAUACGAUGCUUUGAGGUAUAUCUUUCUUAAAUUUCACCCAUCGCCAGGGUUUAAUAUAUAACACGCCAAUGUAAGGCUUUUAGUCGGCAUUUUAAGGGUUUUAACCCAUGUAUUUUUGGUGCCUUAGCAUGUAGAGCUUGCUUAGAACACUGAUGAUGCUCUCUGUAGGGCGAAACCGUUCUGUUUUUUAAUGUGGCCCUUUAUUGGGGUUUUCAAAUAAAUAUACCUCUUACACAGAAGAUCUUUUUCUUCAAUUUUUGUAUUAUUUGACAUUUCGAUUUCCACUCCAGAAAUUGUUUUCAAGAAAGAUUAUUUUAAAACAGUGAGCUACUGCAACCAAAGAUGCCUCAGAAGCCAAUCGCUGUAAGUCAAUUAGUGUUUAAAAUGAGAUGCUAAGCUGUUUCUGAAAGUAGUUGCAGAAAUUUAAGUAGGUAUGUAGUUACUAAAAACAAAUAAACCCUCUUUAUACAGGGUGUUAGUAAAUAAGUAUGAAACAUUUUAAAAGCUAUUUCUACAUGAAAAAUUAAUGCCAGUUUGCUCUAUAAACAUAUAUCCGCAAAUGCUUAGUUUCGGAGAUACGGGGUGUUGGAAUUUUUAUUUCAAACUGCCAAUUUAUUUAUUGCUCUAAGACCAGUUGAGCUAUGAAAAUUAAAUUUGGUGAGUUUUAGGAGGUAGUUAUUACGAAUUUUAUGACAUACAAUUAAGAAUUUUGUAUUCAUCAUUGGCGCGCCUACGGGCCAUGGUCUGAAUUAUUUUAAAGAAAAAAAUAGUACGCCACUGAGAUAUUUCGAAUUAGAAAUUAUUUUUAAAUUCCACGUCUAAUUUAUGAUAAAAAACCUUUCUUGCCUUUUUUUCAUAUGAUGCACCGUUUUUAUGCAGAAAAAUAAAACAUCUUGGCGCAUAUUUUUCAUUUCUUAAUACAUCAUCAAGAACUAUCCAAUAUAAUAAUACUAAACUAGAACAAUAACAGAAAAUAUUACUAAUACCAUUUCAACUAGGUGCAAAGCUGCAAGAAAUGUUUCAAAAUGAUCUCCUUUACAGGUAACAGAAGAAUUUUAUAUUCAUCAUUGGCGCGCGUACGGGUAAUGGUCUGAAUUUUUUGAAGAAAAAAAUAGUACGCCACUGAGAUAUGUCAAACUAAAAAUCAUUUUUAAAUUCCUCGUUCAAUUGACGACAAAAAAUCUUUCUUGCCUUUUUUUUCAUAUGCGGCGCCGUUUUUAUGCAAAAAAUUAAACAUCUUAACGUUCACAAAGUAUUUGAACUAAGUUUCUAUGCAUAUGGAAACUAGCUCAAAUACUGACUUGGUAAGCGUUAAGAUGUUUUACUUUGUUUGUAUAAAAACGGCGCCUCGUAUGAAAAAAAGGAAAGAAAGAUUUUUUGUCGUAAAUUGAACGAGCAAUUCAAAAAUGAUUUUUAGUUUGACAUAUCUCAGUGGCGUACUAUUUUUUUUCUUCAAAAAAUUCAGACCAUUACCCCUUACGCGCGACAAUGAUGAAUAUAAAAUUCUUCUGUUAUCUGUAAAGGAGAUCAUUUUAAACAUUUCUUGCAGCUUUGCACCUAGUUGAAAUCUUGUUAGUAAUAUUUUCUGUUAUUGUUCUAGUUUAGUAUUAUUAUAUUGGAUAGUUCUUGAUGAUGUAUUAAGAAAUGAAAAAUACGCGCCAAGAUGUUUUAUUUUUCUGCAUAAAAACGGUGCCUCAUAUGAAAAAAAGGCAAGAAAGGUUUUUUAUCAUAAAUUAGACGUGGAAUUUAAAAAUAAUUUUUAAUUCGAAAUAUCUCAGUGGCGUACUAUUUUUUUCUUUAAAAAAAUUCAGACCAUUGCCCGUAGGCGCGCCAAUGAUGCAUACAAACUUCUAAAUUGUAUGUCAAAAAAUUUGUAAUAACUACCUCCUAAAACUCACCAAAUUUAAUUUUCAUAGCUCAACUGGUCUUAGAGCAAUAAAUAAAUUGGCAGUUUGAAAUAAAAAUUUCAACACACCGUAUCUCCGAAACUAAGCAUUUGCGGACAUAUGUUUAUAGAGCAAACUGGUAUUAAUUUUUCAUGUAGAAUUAGCCCUUAAAAUUUUUCAUCUUUAUUUACUAACACCCGUAUAUCAUAAUAUGGGUAAUAUCUUCAUAAAUACAAACAAGGAAAUUAUAAUAUUAUUAUAUAAAAUAAUAUGUGCUACAUCUCAUAAGUCAUUUUUAGGGAGAAUGUGACUUACACCGUUUGACUUCUGAAGCAUUCAGUUAUUUGGUGGUUAUUGUUUUCCAAAUUGACGGGUGACUUACUUGGCUUCGGUCUUGUAGGCAAAUUACCACACUGGGGUACUGGCAUGUUGUGGCCCGAAACGAAGCAAGAUAUCAACAAAUCGCAGGCAUUUUGUAGAUAAAUUCGGUACAAUUUCGGACCGACAUAAUCGCGAAUAGCAUGCCAUCACAGUAGUAAAAUACACUAGUAGUUGAUAUGCAAUGACAUGUAGUUUAAGAUCAAAAAACAAAAUCAUAUGGAGAACCAUUGAGCAAAUUUUGAUCAAGAAAUAAGCGUGGUCGGUAACAAGACGAAAUGGAAGAGGAAGAGGAUUCGACGAAAGGAAGCAAAAGUCUAACAUAAUAAAGCUGUUAGCAUGAAAAAGCCACCUUUGAGGUCUUUUAUACCAAUAUUUUGUUGAUGACGAAAGAGGAAAAUUCAAAUUUUUCUCUCAAAGAACUCAAAAGUUCAAAAAAUGUCAGGAACAUACCAAACUAAUACAUUCUAAUCAAUUUAAAAAUUAUUUUUGUUCGUAAUUUGUAUGUUCCAUUUGAAUACGUCAUCAUUUUUCAACAUAUCCAAAUUUUUGGGUUACAAUACAGAUUUUACUUUUAUAUCAGAUCUUUUAUUAUCUAGUUAUUUUAAUAGAUUUAAAAAUUUUAAGAUAAUUCCUCAAGGAACUUUUAAAAAGUUCAGAAAAGCUCAAAAUAUAUUCUUCUAAAAAAAUUUCUUAUCAAUAUUUUCUAUUCCAUUUAGUUUAAUAUGUUUGUUUUUUUAUUGAAGCUACUGUUUAUGGGAACAUAAAGACUGAAUCACAUUGAUUCUUCAUAAUUUUUCUAUCUUGGAAAACAAAUUUUCAUAUAAUAUGAAAAUUUUUAUUUUCGAAAUUUUAACUUAAUCAUAAUAUUGACCCACUGUUUCUAGGCCUAUGCAAUCGCAAUGAUGCACUGUAGUAAGCACAAAUCUUGAGAUGAAUUGACCCAGAUUCAGUUUGGUAAAAAAUUUCUAUCAACAGUAAGACAUGAAAAGAUUUUGUGAUAUGUUGUAGUAUUAAACUAGACAGCUAAAUGGUGUUUGGAAGACAAUAAAUUUUGACAGAUUGCGUUUGCAGUGAUUUGUUGUUUCAGUAAAAUAUUGUUAUAAUGUAUAUUGCAAGGCAAUGUGCCUUAAUGCGUACAAACUUAGAUAUAUAAUAUCUAAUAUAAUCCGUUUCUGGUCAUAGAAGCUGUAGCAUAAUAUAUCCCAGAUAUACAGGUCAAAUUAAGAUUUGAAAUUAAAAGGCCGUCCGCACAUGAAGCUAAUAACAAUAAACCAGUUGUAAACUUUAGUUACCCACCAGUUGCUUAUUACUUACUAUCUAUUUAACACAGCGCCACUAGUUAAUAACCGAUCUGUAAUACGUCAUGUCAGUAAUCAGUCGCCUCCGGCUGGACGUGCUGGUCGCUUAGCGACUAGUUUCAAGUUUGUUUUGAUAUUAAGAGGAAACAGUAGCGAUCAACAGGUAGCAAAAACGCGUUCCAAGAUUGCGGCUGUAAUUUUGAAUAUUUUUUCGAGAUAUUUGGCACACGUAUUCGUAAUAUAAUAAAGAAUGGCGGUACAGAGCCCAAUUUGAAAAAUAUAUUAAUAUGUGGAAAUUACUUUGUAAUUAAAUACAAUAUUAAAAAAACGAGCCUGUACCGCCAUUAAGAAGAACAAAAAAAUACACUUCAAAUAAACUUUUUUAUCCGAUCCCUAGAUUUUGUGUCAUUUUGGAACUACUAAAAUUUUUUAUUUCAUUAGUAGUGUCAAAAUGACACAAAAUCUAGGCAUCGGAUAAAAAAGUUUAUUUAAAGAAAGUGUAUUUUUUUGUUCUUCUUAAUGGCGGUACAGGCUCGUUUUUUAAUGUUGUAUUUAAUUACAGAGUAAUUUCCACAUAUUAAUAUAUUUUUCAAAUUGGGCUCUGUACCGCCAUUCUUUAUUAUAUUACGAAUACGUGUGCCAAAUAUCUCGAAAAAUAUUCAAAAUUACAGCCGCAAUCUUGGAACGCGUUUUCGCUACCUGUUGAUCGCUACUGUAUCCUUUUAAUAUUUAAUUAGUUAAAAUUACCACGCGAAAUGGCGAAACUGACAAAAUAGUCCUUGAACAUAAAAUUAGUACAAGAAAUGGAAAACAUCUGUGCGUACAUAACUAUACCUUGAAUGAAUAUUCGCGCAAAGAAAUCACCGAAGAACAAACAUCAUCUCUAAACAAAGAUGUUGAAUCAAGGCCGGUCCAGUCUCUGAUAUUUCUAAGCCAUGAAAUCUGGCGCCUACCGGGAACCCGUUUGGCGACGAAAAACAAGCAAUUGUACUAAAUAUUUAUGUGAUUCUUUUGACAUCCUAUAAAACGCAAGAAACUUAGCAUCAAUAUUUUGCAGCAACAAACGCUCUGCAUUUUAUAUUGUAUAUAUGUAGGGGUGAACCCAAACCCUCCCUUUUUCUGCUUUUUGCGUCGUCUGUUAUAAUAAUAAAGAAUAAUAUCUUCCAUUGGUUCCCAUUGUUUUCAAUCUGGUGUGACGUAGAAUAAUAUUUGUAAUGUUGUUUUAUGUGCUAUUAGAUUGAAAACUUAGUCUUUUGCUAGCAUUUGCCGCUAAGGCAUCCCUGCCAUUUCUUUCGUUGCAAUCCGAAACUGCACGCCGGGGUUUGUGCUGGUUGGGUCAGAGAUAGCAGCAUAUGUGCCUCCUGAUGAAAGACUAAUAAGUUUCGAAACCGGUAGAGGUGCUUGCUGAACUCUCUGAUUGAACUAGAAUAUGAUGCGCCUGUAGUUUCGUGUUGCAACGAAAUUGAAAAUGGUUAUUCAUUUUUGAAUAAUAUCUUUAUCACUUGAAUCACUGGACAUUUUUAACGCGAUAAUAACAAUCAAUGAUAUUUAAUAAAGGUUUAAAAUUUAAACACCUUAGUCAAUAACAAAGCAGUAAUCGAGAAAUGACUCGUUUUCAUUAAUAUUCAGUUGUGUAUUGUGCGAUUCAUAGUUGGUAACCAGUUGGUAAUUGUAGUUUCCAACUAGUUUAGUUUCUUUUUAGUAGCUUCAUGUGCGGACGGUAUAAGUAUCUAAUAAUAAGAAUUAUUGUAGUGAGGUCUCUUGAUUUACUUUUGAGAGUCAGUAAGCAUUAGGUCAGCAUUACUGGUAAAAUUACAAUAUAGCUAUAUCAUGUCUGUUUAAAGUUUAUGAAAAAAUCUAAUUUAACGCGCUAGAUAUAACUAUAUGACAGGUCACGGUGUUGGUAAUAUACCAAUCUGAUGUUGAUCAGCAUUUUCCAUGUGGACUACUACAGAAGAGGAAGAACCGAACAACAUAUUGCAUUAUUGAAAAUCAUAUGUCGCUUAUCUAUGCAGCAUCGUAUAGAUUUGUGUAAUAUUCUUGUAGACUACAUAAUAUGUAUCCUCUUCUAUAUCAAUCAGUGACAGCUUUUGAAGUUGUCCUUUUCUAUUUUUAUUUUGACAAAAAAUAGCUAUUUGUAUAACAAGGGAGGAAAGUGUUGCUUUUCCCCCCGAAAAUGAAGUUUAUUGCCCGACGCGUAGCGCAGGGCAGUUAUCAUUCGAGGGAGGAAAAGGCACUUUACUCCCAUGUUAUCAUGAUUUUUCCACCUUCCUCAAAUAACAAGUCAUUUUUUCAUUUUUAAAUAAUUUAUUUAUGUAACUAACAAAAUUAAUUAGAGAACUAAAACUAACACGUAGGUACAGUAGAACUGUCAACUGUCAAAUAUAAGUCAAAUUAUUAUUAAUGUAAACAUUGUUAAAUUAAAAUAACAAUUUACUGUUUUUUUACAUUCUGCAAAAUAUAGAGUGUUCCAUAAAUAAACGUUAAAAUGUACAGGGUGAGGCAGAUAAAGGGCCUAUUAGAAAUAUCUCGAGAACUAAAGGUAACAGACUCAUGAAAAUUGGCACGAAGGGGUUUUGAAGGGGUUCUCAUCUAUUUGCUACUUCCGGUUAUACCGGAAGUUGCCUAUAACUUCGUUUUUUUAAAUGGGACACCCUAUAUAUUUUUACAUUUUUGGAUUCUACUUGAAGUCUUAUUUCUUAAAAUAUGAGGUUUUGAAUUGUUAUACAGGGUAGUUUAAAAGAUUACGUUCUUUUAUUAAUUUCGUAGCAAUUUUCACACCCUGUAGAAUUAAAGUAGUUUGACAUUAAAAACUUUAUCUAUGUUCAAAUGAUUUUUAAUAUAGUCUACUAUUGUCAGAAAUUAUUAGUAUAGCUAAUUGUUGAAUUUUAGUAUACAGGGUUGGUCGAAACUCGGAAUGAGUAUUUUCUGAGUUUUCUUAAAUGGAACACCCUGUAUUUUACUAUUGUAUUGAAAUGAUAUUUUAUGGUACUUUUUUAUUUCUUAAGCAUUCCCUAUACCUAACUGCUUUAAUUUGUGCUUAAUUGUUAAUCGCACCAAGAAUCUUAACUACGUAAGUAUUUUGACAGGUCAACCAUUAUCGGGAAUUUUAACGAUCAAUCUAGAUAAAUAUGUAUUUAUUUCCGAAAAAUUAUUUGUGACUGAAUAUUUUCAAGGCCAACCUAAUAAAAUUUCACUUAUUUUUUGUUCCAAUUAAUGUUUGGCUUGAAUCACCAAUAACUCACAAAUUAAAACAGUUAGGUAUAGGGAAUGCUUAUAAAAUGAAAAAGUACCAUAAAAUAUCAUUUCAUUACAAUACUAAAAUACAGGAUGUUCCAUUUAAGAAAAUUCAGAAAAUAUUCAUUCCGUGUUUUGACCAACCCUGUAUACUAAAAUUCAAUAUAUAGAUAUACUAAUAAUGUUUAACAAUGGUAGACUAUAUUAAAAAUCAUAUGAACGUAAAUAGAGUUUUUGAUGUCAAAGUACUAUAAUUCUACAGGGUGUGAAAUCUGAUACGAAAUUAAUAAAUACACGUAAUUAUCUUUUAAACUACCCUGUAUAAUAAUAUAAAACCUCAUAUAUUAAGAAAGGACACAUCGAGGAAAAUCCAAAAAUGUAAAAAUAUAUAGGGUGUCCCAUUUAAAAAAACGAAGUUAUGAGCAACUUCCGGUAUAACCGGAAGUGGAAAAUAUAUGAAAAUAUUUUCAUUAAAUAGAUCACUCUUCAAAACCCCUUCAUUCCAAUUUUCAUGAUUCUGUUGCCUUUAGUUCUCGAGAUAUGUCUAAUAGGCCCUUUAUCUGCCUCACCCUAUAUAGAUAUUUACGUAAUAGAUAAUAUAAUAUUAUAUAGGGCGUCAAUAAGUUAUUUCAUCAAUGACAUAUCAUACUUUACUUUUACUCCCUAGGGAGGAAAAGUACGACUUUGCUCCCUACAAUCAGGUCCGGAAAAUUAUACUUUCGGUAGAGGUAGGUGAAAAUAGCUAUUUGUAUAACAAGGGAGGAAAGUGCUACUUUUCCUCCCAAGAAUGAAGUUUACUGCCCGACGCGUAGCGGAGGGCAGUAAUCAUUCAAGGGAGGAAAAGGCACUUUACUCCCAUGUUAUACAUAUAGUUUUUUCACCUUAUUUGUGUAUCUAACCAACAAAAUUUAUUAGAACUAAAACUAACAAGUAGGUACAAUAUAACUGUCAACUGUCAAAUAUAAGUCAAAUUAGUAAUGUAAACAUUGUUAAAUCAGAAUAACAAUUUACUGUUUUUUACCAUUCUGCAAAAUACAAAGUGUUGUUAAAUAAACGUUAAACUGUAUAGAUACUUACGUAAUAGAAAAUAGAUAUUGUACAGUCAAUAAGUUAUAUUUCACGAAUGAAAUACCAUGACGUCACUUUUACUUUUCCUCCCUAGGGAGGAAAAGCACAUCUUUGCUCCCUACAAUCAGGUCCGGAAAAGUAUACUUUCGGUAGAGGUAGGUGGAAAAAUAUUUAUUUGCUCCUUAAUCUUACAGUAACGAAACAGGAAAUGAAAUGCGUUUUUGGUUACAUUUUCUCAGUUUAUGACAUUUCAUAUUAAUGUAAAAGUAUAAGUUCAAAAAUUAAACCCCUUUAUAGAAUUGAAAACUUUCCUUUAUUAUGUCACAUAACUUCCCUGCACAUCAUGACAAUUUAAAUAGCUAUGAUCUGUGAGGAGGAAACUUAAAUACCCCCUUGGUAGCGAACGGGUUAACCUAAGGACAAUGGAAUCUUAUAGUUUCUCGGUAUAGCGAUACACAUAUCUGCAUAAUCGUCGUUGUGGAACCAAACUGACGAGAUGCCAUCGUGUUGAUGCUUGUCUUUGUUGUCUCUGAAUGUGCAUGUCUGCCUAUUGAUACAUUAUUUACAUUAACACGACUCCAGAAAAUACACAUCACAAGUCUUGGACCAGAAUUUCUCGAAAGAAACAAUUGUCUUGUUUGUAGAAUUCACUAAGUUCUUUGUAUAAGAACACAUUAUAUGAAAAUGAAAGCCGAUGAACAACUGGUCGCAUUUUGUAAACCUGGAUAUCCACAAUCAAAUAAGGAGUUUAUUCAUUUUCCUGUAUGAGUUAUAUUUAUAGAAGACAAUAAUUACACAAAGUAUUACAAUUCAAUAAAAAUGGCUAGGGUUAUGUUUAGGAUAUCUAUCGCAGUGUAUGUAUGGAAAACCGAUUUCAGACUUUAUUGUCACGAUGCAGCAUCCUGAUACAAAUCUCAAAGUCUGUAGGAAUCUUUAUUGUGUCUGCUUUGCUAGAAAGUCUACUAUACAAUUUCAUGUUUUCAUCCUGCUUUGCAGUUUUAUUCAUUAAUUAUGCAGACUUUCUAAGUUUGAUAUGAGUGUGUUGUUUUGUAUCUUAUGUAACACAGUAUGUAGAGCAUAUAAAGUCGGUUGGUUCCAGUAUUCUUUCCAGUUAAACAUAAAUUAACAUACGCUACAUUUAUUUUCCACGGAAGUUGUCCUGGUCGGAGCUGUCUUUGAUUCUUUUGUCUCUACUACAUCAAUUGAAAAAAACUAAAUCACCAAUGUUUAAAAUUAAUCUACCUACAGCUAUAGGAUCAGUAUGGAUGGAAAACAAAACAAAUUAUGCAAUAGAUUAGAAUCACUGUGUGAUAGUUUUUGUUUUUAUUAUUUUUUUUGUUUAACGUUUGUUAGGCCAAGGCCAGUUUUCAUCAAUGUUCUUCCAUAUAAGAUUGUAACUGCACAUUUUAUAAAAGUAGUUGCAAUCUUUAUUAGUAAGAAUAAUGUAUCCUAAGUGCAAUUAAUAUAGAAAUUUAUAUACUAACGUUAUUAGUAAUAAGUUGAAGAAUAUAAUAUGUAAUUUUUUAGCAAAAUUUGAAUUUGCUUUUGUAUUAUCUCAUAUUAUAAAUAUCCUAUUUCAAUAAGAUUAUAAUAUGUAUAUGAUUAAAAAUUACAAAGGAAAAACAAUUUACUUUUGAAUUCUUUUUGUACACUUUCACAUACAUAUACGCCUUUUAAUAAAUAUAAUCUUAUUAAAACUAGGACUUACUAUUUAAUUUUCUGUCGAUACAAUUAGUUGUUAAUCGAGCUGUAAUUUUAUGUUCUUGUGAUCACAAAAUAAAUUAUCGUUAUUUCUUUUCGUAUUAAUUUUUCGUUUAUGCUUUAAUAAUAUACUGAUAGUGACUUUUCAUAUUUGAAUAAUAUUUGUUUUAUAUUUAUCUUCGUUAUUCUAUUUUUAGUAACGCUGGUGCAGAUGUAUCUUGAAUGUAUCAAUCACUAUGUUUCAGAUUUGUUUGAAAAAUGUAAUUUUCUUUAUUAAUAAAUCUACCUCUAAUAAAUAUAUUAAUCCAUU